AAAAAAAAAAAACUACUUCCACGGAGGAGCCGCUGUCUCCGGGAGACGGUCCGUGGGACCACCGGGGAAUUUCAGCGAAAAGUUUGGCCGCGGGAGAGUCGAGUUUCCAGUCGCAGAAAGUGCAGUGGAAGUAGUGAGCGCCUGUGCGGUGCACCGUUAUACCUGCUGUCGCGUCUCUCCCUCCGCCUAGCGGUCCGCUGCACCGGGGACCGUUAUACGCACCUCACCCCGCUGUCCCCGGACCUGCUUCUGCCUCCACUCCACCUUUAUCCACCCUCACACACUUUAAACCUCUUUAUUCAGCCCGCUUUCAUUGAUUUACUCCCAUUAUGUCCACUUUUUUUUUAAGCCCACCACCGGACUCGGACCUGUUUCGUUGGGGGAAACGAGGCUCCCCUGGUUGUUAUUGCGGACCUCGACGGACUGGUUGUUUUUAACACUUCGAGUUGGAGAAAACAUUAGAUAUAAUUCUGCUUCAGUCAAAAGAGCUUGUGGGAAUCAUUGGUGUGUUUUUGGAGGAGAUGUAAAACUAUUGUUCGGCUUCUUUCUUGUGCUCGGAGGCAGCAGGUAGCGACCGGGACACUGUUGCUGAGCGCUGACUAAACCUGUUUUCCUGUUUUAAUUCUCGGCUUCGUGUUCAUUUCACGUGAACGACGACAUUGUCACAGUGUUUUGAGGCAGUGGACAGAUACGAGUUGUUGUGUUGAUCACGUCCUGUGCGACUCCCCUCGCCGUCGCCCUCCCAACUUAUUGUGACAGUGUUCCGGCCCCGUGUCGCUUCACGGUGUCCGGGCUCAGUGGCUGAACUCGGGGUGUGUGUGUGUGUCGGUGAGGUGUCGGCGAGGAGCUCAGCAGAAACAUGGAUGUGCUCGCGGCUCGCGGAGGUUCCGGGGGAACGAGGGACAUCUCACGCGCUGUUUGUGUGAGCAGGGCGAGCGCGUGCAGCCCAUAUAAGGACAGCGGAUCCUCUCCUGUCGCGCGCUGGGAAUCCUGAUUUCUCGCAGGACCGAGGUCGCGAUCGAACCUCAAACACUCACUUUUUCUUUUUUAUUUCUUAGUAUUUGUAUUUCCACUUCCUUUUUUUUAUCUCAACUGAAUCUGUAGAAUUAAUAGCAUUUUUUAAAAACAAUUUCUUUCAUGCGUUUUAAUUAUUUUCCUAUUCGGGGUCUCACGCACCUUAUUAUGCCGUGAAAAUAUUAUUUACGUGGUUCCAAAGUAGCCAGUAAAAUUCUCUUCAGCCCCGGAUACUUUGUUUCCACAUUCUUCCGAUCUGAAAACGCUCACUUGGCUUGAGGACUUUGAUGUUCAAAGGACUUUUUCGAGUUGUUUUUACCGCAUUUCCUUGAAUUUAACCUAUUUUUAAAAUUCAUUAUAGACUAAUUAUUAGAUCGAGAAAGUAAGGUUGCCCUGACAAAAUGUGCUGUCCAUCAAACUCAGCCAUGCACGUGUGUUUGUGCCUCCCCGUGUUGCUUUAAGGAACUGGGGCAAUGCUGGGAAUUCGGUGUUAUUCUUUUUUUAAACGAGCCUGUAGAAUUAAAAAAGGGAAGAAGCGGAUAGUUUCUGUGGUGCUAAAAACAGUCGGAUCCGUGGGAGGCACAAUGCGUCCAAAUGUGUGCUCUGGUGCGCUUUAGGUGUCGUGUGAAUUUUCUGGGAGUGAUUUUGAAGAGUGACAUGUUUUUUCCUUUUGUUUUUGAUGCAAACCAAUGAUCUUCACCGUCAUUUCGUUUCUGUCAUUCUUUGCGUUUUUGUCCCUGGAGUGCGUGUGCGCUGCUUCACAUGCACAAGGAGUGGACACACCUCAGCUAACGGUCCUGCUGUCAAGUGACUAACUACAGUAAUGUGGUGGAGGCGGGCUCAGAAUCAGAUGAUGAGGACAAGCUGCACAUUGUGGAGGAGGAAAGUAGCCUGGCGGAUGGGGCCGACUGCGACAGCACCCUGCCAGAUGAUGAGCUCCCAAGGGACCACUGCUGGGACCGAGUGAAGGAGGAUUGUGUGUCGGAUGGAGAGGACAAUGUGAGCACGGACGCCCUGGUGGAGGAGAUGCUCCAGCAAGGAGACACAGCCGUCAUCUACCCAGAAGCCCCGGAAGAUGAGCCGCAACGACAGGGCACGCCUGAUGCCAGCAUCCACGAUGAGAACGGAACUCCGGAUUCCUUCUCCCAGCUGCUCACCUGCCCUUACUGCACUCGCGGCUACAAGCGUUACAGCUCCCUGAAGGAGCACAUCAAAUACCGACACGAGAAGACAGAGGAGAGCUUCAACUGCCCCGAGUGCAGCUACAGCUUCGCUUACCGUGCGCAACUGGAGAGGCAUAUGACAGUCCACAAGGGCGGACGGGAUCAGAGACACAUCACGCAGUCGGGCGGCAAUCGUAAAUUCAAGUGCACUGAAUGUGGCAAAGCAUUUAAAUACAAGCAUCAUCUGAAGGAGCACCUACGCAUCCACAGCGGAGAGAAACCCUACGAGUGCUCCAACUGCAAAAAGAGGUUCUCCCACUCAGGUUCAUACAGCUCCCACAUCAGCAGUAAGAAGUGCAUCAGCGUCAUCUCAGUUAACGGCAGACCACGCUCGGGGAACACCAAAACCCAGACCCAGGGUCCAUCACCAGUGCUGCCCACACCACCCUCAGUCCUCCGCACCCAGAUCAGGGAGAAGCUGGAGCACAGCAAGCCCCUGCAGGAGCAGCUGCCCCUCAAUCAGAUCAAGACUGAGCCUGUGGACUACGAGUACAAGCCGACAAUGAUCACGUCCCAGACUGCCAUGAACGCGGUUUUCAACGGAGGUGCUGCUGCUCCUCUGGGUACAGUGCAGGCCGUAGUCUUGCCGACUAUGGGGCUGAUGUCGCCCAUCAGCAUCAACCUGGCAGACCUGCAGAAUGCUCUCAAAGUAGCAGUGGACAGCAAUGUCAUUCGUCAGGUGCUCGAAAACAAUGCCAAAAGCCAGGGGCAGAUGAACUCGGGGUUAACCACUGGAAUACUCCACCCUCAGCAGCAGCAACUCAUCUCAGCCAUUAGUCUGCCUAUUGUGGGUCAGGAUGGAAAUGCAAAAAUCAUCAUCAACUACAGCUUGGACCAGGGCCAGCUCACAGCCCAAAACCUGAAGAAAGAGCCUGGGCCAGAUUCACCAGCUCACACCACCACUGACACUUUCAAGUCCCAGAAACUCCCAGAAGAUCUUACGAUCAGAGGCACCAGGUCCAUUGAGACAAAAGAAAAAGAGGAAAAGACCACUAAAACUUGUCUCCUGUGUGAUAACUGUCCCGGUGGGCUGGAAGCCCUCCAUGCCCUCAAGCACUGCAAGAAGGAUUGUCUCAGGCUGAAUGGAGCAGGCCUGGGAAAGUCUGAGUCUGCUGUUGCAGCCCUGCUGUCAGAGGGAGGACUCUGCAACCAGCCCAAGAACCUCUUGUCCCUGCUCAAGGCCUACUUUGCCUUAAAUGCAGAGCCCACUAAGGAUGAGCUGGCCAAGAUCUCUGACUCAGUGAGCCUGCCAGUCCAUGUGGUUAAGAAGUGGUUUGACAAAAUGCAGGAGGGUCAAAUAUCACUGGGUGCCCCGACACCUCCCUCAGAGGAAGAGGAUACCUGUGAAGCAAACAGUGUGGUCUCUCUGGUCCCAGGCAAGGACACAUCCACUAUGAGCCCUGCUGUGAGCCAGGACAGCCCUACAGAAGCCACCCCAGCAGAGACAAAUGGUGAUCACAGCUUUCCGGCAUCAUCACUCAACGUGAGAGCUGGCGGUCCAGUACCGGCCCAGACCCCUCAGAGCACAGAGGGACCCCUAGACCUAUCGCUGCCAAAGCCCUCCAGAGAGGAAGCAGAGAGAAUGGUGGCUAAAGCCAGCAUGUACCCCUCUCCCUCCUCUUGCUUGACCAAUGAGGAAGAACCCCUAAACUUAACUUGCACAAAGAAAGAGGCAUCGCCACUCUCAGUCAUGGGCACCACUCCCAUCGCACUGUACGCCAGCCAGACAAGUGCCAAACCCCUCGACAUUGUGACCACGAUGCAAUGCCUCAGGGCUCUAGCCACCAAUAACAAACAGACUAUCCUGAUCCCCCAGCUGGCUUACACCUAUACCACUACAGCAAACAGCCCUGCAGGAACCGAGAUGCACGAAACCAUCCACCUCAACGGAGUGAAGGAGGAGAGACAGGACACAUACUCGGAGGGCGUAUCUACUGUGGAGGAGCAGAAUGACUCAGACUCAGGCCCUCAGAGGAAGAAGAUGAAGAAGACGGAGAGCGGCAUGUACGCCUGCGACCUGUGCGACAAGAUCUUCCAGAAGAGCAGCUCGCUGCUGAGACACAAAUAUGAACACACAGGGAAGCGACCUCACGAGUGCGGCAUCUGCAGCAAGGCUUUCAAACACAAACACCACUUGAUUGAACACAUGCGGCUACACUCGGGGGAGAAGCCGUACCAGUGCGACAAGUGCGGCAAGCGCUUCUCCCACUCGGGCUCCUACUCCCAGCACAUGAACCACCGCUACUCCUACUGCAAGAAGGAGACACAGAACCAAGGAGGAGACCGGGAGAGCCCAGAGGAGGAUGGCGAGGCCCCGGUCGAGAUGGAGGCCCUGAACCACGUGCAGAUGCAGCACAUGGCCCCUCUCCAGCUGGAUUUGGAUGAGCGAGGAAGCAGCACAAGGGAGGACGAGGAGAGCGAGGAAGAGGAGGAGGAGGAGGAGGAAGGUGUGGUAGACAUGAAUGACAUCAAGGUAGUGCAGAUAGGAGAAGAGGAGGAAGAAGAAGAGGAGCAAGAGCAAGGGAACGAGGAGGAGAUUGAGAGAGUAAUGGUGGGAGGAGAAGGAGAGGAAGAGAAAUCAGAGAAAGAAAUGAAACCUGAGGAAGUGGAGGCUGACACGAGGCAGGAGGAGCUCACGGGCACUCAGGAGGAGGAGGAAGUCAAGAUGGAGGAAGAGGAGGUGAUGGAUACAGAAGGAGGGGUGACGGAAGAGGGGAAUGCAGAGGGAGAGGUCAGAGAGGAGAGCGGAGUCGAAACAAACAGGAACACGGGUUCUGAAGACGAGAACCAGACGCCGCAGGAGGAAGGAGAUACUGACUAAAAGAGGAACCAGACUCCUCCAUGAAACACAAUCAGAUUCCUCCUCUCCUCGUGCAGAGGAAGAAUGCAGGAGAUGAUGUCUGGUCACCCUGACAGUUUGUUUCAGUUCACUACUGUGUAGAAAUCCAGGUGUGCCUGAAAAAAAUACUAGUGACUUUUCCACAGGAGAGCAAUUUCUCACUGUUAGAAAAAUCCAUUUGUAAAGAAAAAGAUGAAGACGAAAUUUUAACAAAGGAAAUGCAUUAUACAGACUUUGGAAGCUAGAGCCGACAUGUUUUAGAUAAUGUUUUAUUACUAAAACACCUUGGGUCAUUUCUUUUUAUCAGUGUUACUAAUUUUAUCACUCAUAUUUUAACCUUUAAAAGCUGUACAGUUGGGAGAUAUUUCUAUACCUUUUUAUUGCCAAUGAACAAAAAAAAGUCAGUAUUUUAUUAAGUUGGAAGGAAAAUGAGAAAAAUCCUGUGCACUACACGUGGCUUGGUUUACCUUUGGAUUAAGCAGUUGAGUUGUGUUGUCUACCCUUCAGUAUUACCGCACUAGAUAUACCACAUCAUCCCGCUAGCAGAUGUUAGCAUUACUUUUUUUGUGUGUGUGUUAUUUAGAUCGGAAUGUGAGCCUUAAGAAGAAAAACAAUGGAAGAUGGACGGGUCUUUUCACUUUUGUUCCUUUUAAGACGUUUAGACACAUUGUUGUCAAAGUAUCUAUCAGUGUUUUACAGGAAUAGUUUGACAUAUUGGGAAAUAUGCUUGUCCGCUUGGUUCGUGAGAGUGAGAUGUACAGAUUGAUACCAAUCUCGUGCCUGUACGGUAAAUGGCCUGUCACGAACCUUAGCUUGGCAUAGCGUAGCAUGAAAACCAGAACAUUAGGGAAAUAUGUUAUUUCCCUCCAGUCCAGUAGUUGGCAGUAAUACACCUGUAACCUGGUUUGCCAAAUGCUAUUGAAACCCAAAUGAUGACGAAGGAAAAAAAGCUAGUGAUGGAGCCUGGUUAGCUUGUUUCCUGCUGAUUGCAGCAUUCAUGCUAACUCAAACUAGCCACCCCCCGGCUGUACCUUGGUAUUUACCGUGCAGAUAUGGUCGCGGUAUCUUGUUGUCUCAGGUCUUACCGUGAAAGCAAAUGAGCGUAACACCCUAAAUGUCAAGCUAUUUUUUUAAAUGUUCAGAGUGAGCAGAAAGGAGAUGUAGAAAACUUUCUGACCCUUUCUUUACCCCUCCCUAUAACCCCCUACCCAGCACCCACCUGAGGCUUAUGCAAAAAAGAAUCAAACUAAAACAAGAGAAACAUGCAAAUCAGAAGUGCCACAGAAUAUUGCUGCCGAAGCUUCGCAGGUAUGAUCAGACCUGAGCGAGCAGAAUUUAGCCGACGACAUAAUCAUGUACCAUAGACUCUAGAUGACUUGUUUUUAUUUCUAUGCCGAGCGACUACAUGAAUUACGAUGCACAUGUUUUCAAAACGGAUGAUGAUGAUGAAGUAUGAUUUCCACUUGUUAACUGUGUCCUGCCUUUUUCAAAGCUUAUUCAGUGCACUUGUUUAACACACCACGAAACGCUCAAACGUCUCUUCAGGUAACAAAAUGUAGGCAAAUCCCAGGAGUUUAAUUCAACAAAGUUUUUACCUGUCAGUAUUAUUUUUGUCUCUUAUGUUGUUUUAUGUUCUGUUCAGUGUGUGUACUGUACGUUUCCAGCAAUGGCAGUAUUAUCCCCACCCCCCCAAAUGAGAUGGUAAUGUCUGUUUAGUCAUAGAGAACUUUUAUAUUUAUGUGUCUUAUUUUUUAUAUUUCUUUAUGGUUAUUUAUUACACUAUGUAGUGUACAAUACUGUAGUUUGUAUUAAUACGAUAAUAUAUUUUAGUAUGGAAAAAAAAAAGAUUCAAAGGCAACUACAGCUACAAGCCUGGAAAACGAGACUCCGGCAUACUGAAGUAUGUUUUACGAACAAACAAAAUUAUGUUUUUCCUCGGGAAAAGAAACCCGCACCCUGCAAGCCUGAAAAUUGGAACCUGUGACCUUUCUGCAUCCAUUCUCAUGUUAGUUUAGUUUUCUUUCCCCCUCUCUAAUAUAAUGCUACUGAACUUUUGAGAAAAAAAACUAAUUGUAUGUCUAAUAGCAUGAGUGUGUGCUGUUGUAUUGAAGGAUGAUGCUUAACCACACAAACUGUCCUUUUUGCCAAGCCAAAAUAAUAAUGACGUAUGUUCUUAUGUUUUUAUUUGUGCCAAUUUGUUACUUUAUAUGUCAGUGUCAAGACCACACCCACUUUUAUAUGCCCCCCGCCCCUUUUAACACCCUCAUCUUUUUUUUAUAAUGAUUGUUUUUGUUUUUUUGUUUUAGUUCAUUUUUUAUGACUCCCCAUCUCACAAUAAAAUACAUCAAUUACAAGCUGCUCAGUUUGUGAUGCUAUUUUUAUUAAGAGAUUUUAAAGUCCUAUAAUAAUAGGUUGCUCACACUGUAACAUUCAAGUAAAUAUUAUGAUAAAAAAUUUAACAAGGGACCAUUUAUAAAAAAAACUGAACGGGAUGAGACUGGGAUCGAACUGCCAACCUUCUGGUUAGUGAACAACCCUCUCUUCCUCAUGAGGCCCAGCUAAGUGUGUAACAGGUAGACAGACACUACAGGGUCUGAAAUCGGCUCUAAACAUAAGCAGUGUCACUGUUACACUGUUGAUGCCUUUGGCUGCGAAUGACUCUGACCAACUUAAGGUAUAAAUAUUUGUUCAUGCAUGGUCCAUAAAACACAUACAUUUAGCUCCUGUACAGUCUAAUACAAUCCAGUUCAACUGUUCUGCCACGACAUGCUGUCGUACAGGUGUCAUUUCAGUCAGUGGUGGGAUGUAACUUUUACGUAGUUACUGUACUUAAGUACAUUUAUCAUGUAUUUGUACCUUACUGAAAUAGAUUUGUUUCCAGGUACUUUUCACUUGUACUCCACUACUCAUAUCUGCAAAUAUCUGCACUUUCUG